AGCCGCAAUGAGAGAGAAGUGAAGACAUGAAAAAAGAGAAAAUAAAAAAUUAAAUAUUGUAGCGAAAUACCCUGAAUUCUCAUAUUUAUUUUGAGAGCUUCGAAGUUCUUUGUUUUCACGCGGAAACUCCCCAAUUUCUUUACUUCUUCGUGAUCCCUAUUUUUCUGUCUCUGAUUCUGUGAUUUUUCCUUUUAUUUUUUUUUAAGGAUCUUCGCUUGGAUUUGGAAAAUCAUCCUUUUUUUCACCUGCUAAACUAGGGUUUUAACCUCUAAACUCUCUUCUGCCAGUUUUACAGUUUAUUGUUCCUGUUUCCUGUAACAAAUUUUGUUCAGAUUUCUGCUGUAGAGUUCUUCUGUGUUCGAAUCCUAGGUUGGUGAAGUACAGUUUUUCACUCCAGAAUGUACUGAGGGGUUAAGUUUAAGUCUGUCCCGGACUGGGGUUUGUGUCUGUAACAAACUAGUAACCAUCUUGCUUCAACGUGAUGAUCUUCAAGUGUUCGAGAAAUUUCUCAGCAUUUUGUCUCUGUAUUCAAAAUUUUCGACUUUAAUUUCUUCUCGUUUCAGUUUCCUGGUAGGAUUUCUAGAUGGUUUAAUCGGUAGGGUCUUGUGUUUUAUGUUAUAAAGGGUUAUCGAAUUGUUACACAUGAUGGCCGGAUCUGAGCCGGGAAUCAUGUCGGCUAGAGAAUCUUUCGGCGUUGGUCUUCAGAAAAGUCCUACACCUUCUCAACCUUCGGGCAUACCCAACAUGAGAUUAGCUUUCAGUUCCGAUGGGACAGCAGUCUACAAGCCUGUCACUACAAGCUCCCCAACAACUUUUCAACCUAGCAGUGGAGCUACUGGUGGUGGUGGCGGUGGCGGCGGUGAUGGUCCCGCCGGCGCAAUUGUUCAGCACGGCGUUAAUAUGAACAUGGGCGAGCCCAUGAAGCGGAAGCGAGGGAGGCCACGAAAAUAUGGUCCUGGAGGCACUAUGGCACUUGCAUUGACGCCUGCAACGCCUGCUACAUCUACUGCCGCUUCCGGUGGGUUCUCUUCUCCUUCUACGGCGGCCAACACCGCCGCUGCCUCCUCACCGACCGCAACGAAGAAGGCAAGGGGCCGCCCACCGGGCUCUAGCAAGAAGCAGCAGAUGACUGCACUUGGAUCGGCUGGGAUUGGAUUUACACCACAUGUUAUCACUGUAAAGGCUGGAGAGGACGUGUCAUCAAAAAUAAUGUCAUUCUCCCACCAUGGUCCACGGGCUGUUUGCAUUCUUUCAGCAAAUGGUGCUAUAUCAAAUGUAACACUUCGUCAAGCAGCAACAUCUGGUGGAACUGUGACUUACGAGGGACGAUUUGAAAUCCUCUCCCUUUCUGGUUCUUUCUUGCUCUCAGAGAGUGGUGGUCAACGCAGUAGAACAGGUGGAUUGAGCGUGUCCCUAGCAGGUCCAGACGGUCGUGUUUUAGGUGGUGGUGUGGCUGGGCUUCUAACAGCGGCAUCUCCUGUUCAGGUGGUUGUAGCUAGUUUUAUCACAGAUGGCCGUAAAGAAUCAAAAUCGACGAAUCAAUCAGAACCUUCUUCUGCACCACCAAAGUUUACUCCUGGCGGUGGGGCUGCAGGAACUGGUAGCCCACAGUCACGGGGGACCCUGAGUGAAUCCUCAGGUGGCCCUGGAAGCCCCCUCAACCAAAGUACAGGCGCGUGCAAUAACAGCCACCCACAAGUCAUGGCUAGCAUGCCAUGGAAGUAGAAAAUAGUACCUCACAGCAAUGGGCUUCUCCCUGUGUAGUAGGCAUUGGCUCCAAUGGUGCUUAUCUAAUCCCUAGUUUAAGAGACCCAUUUGUAAUCUAUAUCACCCUUGUUCCCAUCUUCUGUAAUUUAGGUGCCGCUAAGGAAGGAUUGCUGGUGACUUUCCAGGCUCAACCCGGAAGCACAUAUCAGGUAGUGAAUCACUGUGCUUCCCCACCAGCAUUGUGUCUUAAAACAUAGGUAGCCUUUGUUUAAAUUAACUUUUAGAAUCGAAAGAUUGUGAUGGUCUCUCUUAGUUAUUGUAUGUGCUUGGUCUGGCUUUUCCCUCUCA